AUGAAGCAACGUCAUGGAGUAGUUCCAUGUGACGAUGAAGAUUCUACAGAACGUCCAUUGCGUGUUGCUUGCUUAUCGACGGAUUAUUCUGUUCAAAAUGUUUUGAUUCAAAUGGGAUUGUCGGUUUUAUCCAUCGAUGGAUUAAGAAUUAGAAGUGCAAAGAAAUGGGCUUUGAUCUGCAGGGCCUGCAGUCGAGUGAUUCGUGAUACAACCAAGCUGUUCUGUAGUCAUUGUGGAAAUUCUGGUCUUCGGCGGGUCGCCUUGACAGUCAGAGAUGAUGGUACAGAAAUAGUCGAAGAGCCACUCAACCGACGAAUCAACUUGAGAGGUCGUGUAUAUCCAAUUCCCAAACCAAAAGGAGGAAGAAAAGGGGAUUUGAUCCUUUGUGAGGAUCAGAUGCUUAUUGGUGGUAGAGAUAGAUUAUUGAGGCAGCAACAAAAGGCAUGGGACAAAGAACUCGCCGCAAGAGACCCAUUUAAUCCAGACAACCUCUAUGAACAAAAGGGCUGGCAACACCGUACUCUCGAAGGCGUUCGAAAGGGUCCGAGAAUUGGUUUGGGGCCAGGGAAUCCGAAUUCGAAACGUUGGCACUUGAAGCACAAUGGACGUAAAUGA